AUGUUACGGAAGAAUACACGUGCGCGUGCGCGAUAUGCUACAUCCGCUAUAAUGUCAGGCGAGUGAGAGAACAACAAUCAAUAAGUAGAUUUAAAAUGUAAACUUCACAGAUUUGAUUUCGCUCUUGAUUUCAAAAUGGCCUUUGACCGAUAAGAGAACAAUCAAAUAUUACUUCAGGUAAAUCUGAAACGUAAAGAUAGGAGAAAAAUAACUAAAUAUCUACUGGGUGUUCCCGAAUUGAAAUCGAGGGAUGGCGACUAGCGAUGGUUCAGUAUUAACGCCAGGAAGACCGGAGGCCGAGCCGUCAAUAUCGAUGGCUGAAGACAGCGAUGACUCUAAUGAAGAAGCUGGAAGGUCUGCUACCCUGGAUCACACUGAGAUGGUAGGGGGCAAGGUUGCUGCCAUGAAAGCAAAAGAUAAGAUUGGACACAGACGGGUAGACAAGACAGGAGCCGUUACAUAUAAAAAGAAAUCCACUUCUGAGUUGAUGGCAGCCAUCCAGCUGGGAAUUGGGCAAAGUAUUGGCGGACUCUCCUCCAAACCUGAGCGAGACCUUCUCAUGCAAGAUUUUGCUGUCAUUGAGAGUGUUUUUUAUCCACCUGAAGGAAGCAACCUGACGCCUGCCCACCAUUACAGUGACUUUCGAUUUAAGACCUAUGCUCCCAUUGCUUUUCGGUACUUUAGAGAAUUGUUUUCGAUCCAGACAGAUGACUUUCUGGUUUCUUUAUGUGAUCAGUCAAUGAAAGAACUGUCUAACCCAGGGGCAAGUGGUAGUAUUUUCUAUUUGAGUCAGGAUGAUGAAUUCAUCAUUAAAACAGUGCAACAUAAAGAGGCAGACUUCUUACAGAAAUUGUUGCCAGGCUACUACAUGAACUUGAAUCAGAAUCCCCGAACCCUGCUUCCAAAAUUCUAUGGAUUCUACUGUUACCAGUGUGGUGGCAAAAACAUUCGAUUUGUGAUAAUGAACAACCUCCUACCAUCUUCCGUCAAACUCCAUGAAAAAUAUGAUCUGAAAGGAAGCACAUACAAAAGGAAGGCCUCAAAAACUGAGCGCGCGAAAUCCAGCCCUACACUAAAGGACCUGGAUUUUAUUAACAAUCACCCAGAGGGAAUAAUGCUGGAGAAAGAUAAAUACGACGCUCUCAUUAAAACCAUCCAGAGAGACUGUCGGGUGCUAGAGAGUUUCAAGAUUAUGGACUUCAGCAUGUUGCUUGGGGUUUACAAUUUAGACAUUGCAGCUCGUGAAAGGAAAAAACAGAGACCGUCAGUUAGCCAAUCAACCUAUCCUGAUGUGUCAACAUCACUAGAUCAAUACAACACAGUGCUGUCAACAGAAGGGGGCCUAGAUUCAGGUGGUCGCGCUCAUCGAUCAGGAGGGAUGCCACAGAGGUCAAAGUCCAUAAAGACGAGAGUGGCUCAGUACACAACUCCCAUGGAGUCCAUCACCGCGACGGCAACAGAGUCAGAUGAGGAGGACCAAGAUGAUGAUGAGCUUCCACCGGGAGGCAUUCCUGCCAAGAACAGUAAAGGGGAGCGCAUCAUGCUGUACUUGGGAAUUAUUGAUAUACUGCAGAGCUACCGACUGAAGAAAAAAAUUGAGCACACCAUGAAGUCUAUCGUUAUUGAUGCAGACAGUAUAUCAGUGCACCGGCCUAGCUAUUAUUCCCAUAGAUUCCAAGACUUUAUGUCAUCCAAAGUGUUCCGGAAAAUUCCUACUCAUCUGCGCCAGAAACUGGCCCUUAGGCACUCUCCCUCCAAACGCAAGCCUACUACAAGCAAGAGACUGAACACAACCUCGGAGUCAGAACCCCUGUCAGAGUCUCAGAGGUCAGAGAUAAGGUCACAGAGAACGGGAGCUGUCAGCUCCUCUGAUGAUGAACUUCUCCCAACAGGAACAAAGGGAGGCAGGCCAGAUCUUCUUCCACAAAAUUCAACACCACCACCAACAUUUGCAGAGGCUAUUGCCUCAAAUUCAGAUAUUUCUUCACAAGGUCGCGAGACACCAGUGUCGAGUCGGACACCUGGAACUUUAGGAUCCACAUUCCAGACAAGUGACUCCAGUUACCCAGUCUCUCCUAAAAUGUCGAGUCUUCGAGGAUCCCCACCCCUGAGCAUUUCAGAAUCCACCCCGACACACACAGAAUACACAGAGGGAACUCCCAGUUACACCCCUUCCUCGCCCAGCUGCUACAGUGAUAUCGAACCUGCAUUUCAAGCGGAAUUAGACAAAGAACAUGUUCCCUCAGUAACUGGGCCUUUCUCAGCUGGAUUCUCCAUAUCAAAUGUCUCCAAUUCAAGUCAGAACUCUGAUAGUGCUAUGCUAACUAAAACAGUGAUCACAAUCUCAGACAUUCCUGAUGGUGACAAACGUUCUAUUGAUCAUGACCACAGCAAGCUUAUAAGUGAACAAGACAAGAAACAUUCAGGUGAACAAGAUCAAGCAUCCCCUGCACCUGACAUUCCAAUGACUUCCACAAAUAAAGAGGAGGAUUCAGGUUCAACAUUGGUGGAUAAGGCAGACGAAUCUUCAGAGGAAGCCAGUACUGUGGAAAUGUCUGGUGUUUCUGGGAUUGCUUUGCAUGACAUGGUGAAGGCUACUAACAAAACUAAUUUCUUGCAUCAUAGACUAGAGUCUAAAUUUGUGUAUCAGAUGAAACCUACUAACUUCAACAGUAACACUGAAAUUUAUGCACACAAUAGUACUGAAAACAACACAAAAGUCAGAGGAGAGUUCAUCCUUCAGCAAAGCAUAGCUGAGAAGGGAGAUAAUUCACCGUCAACCACAGAGCAGAGUUAUGAUACAGAUAAUGAAGAGGAAGGGGAAUUACCCAUUUUUAGAAAUAAUGCUGAUUCAUCCCUUAUUGAGGAUCCGGAGUCGUACUCUCGAACUCAGAUGAGAAAGAGAUUAGAAAUACUGCGGCACAGUCAAGAUUCUCCACAAAACCCUUCUGAAAAUAUCAGAGCUUCUGCCCCACCAAUGUCAAUUCACUAUUACAAACCAGUGGCCCUGAGAAGGUUCACUUACCUACCGGGAAAUGAAUUAGAGUACAGCCUAACAAAGGGGAGUUCCAAAGAAAGGGAGACAACUCAUUUAUAGAUGGCUUGGUAGAAAAUAUGAUGUUCCCCCUUUUAUAAACUGUACAUAUAUAUGUGUUUAAUUAUAGCGAUUUCCAGAAUUAAGUGAUCACCAGUGGUGUAGUAACUGAUGUUGGUAUAGGAACUGAUAUUGUUCAGCCAAUUCAAAUCUUCUUCCUCCCUCAGUUUAUACUUGUAUUGUAGUCUAGUUCUCUACGUCUCUCUGUUGUCUGGGAAUUUUUUUUUUUUUUUUUUUAAAAUUUAGUCUUGUUUGUCAAUUUUUCUGAUGCAUACUAAGAUUGAUCCUUAGAAUUUAUCACUUGAUAAGUGAAAACGAUUUCAGUGUCUUUUAUUAGCAAGUUUGGUAUUGAAAAAUAAGAAAUGUUCAUCCAUUCAAAUUUCUUUUUUACGACUGACAAGAUAUUGUUACUUGUUAUAAGCCUGUAGAACGCUGUUGCAUGGUUUACGUCAUGCUCAAACACCGAAGUAGGACUUGAAUGGUAAAUUUGCAUAAAAUAGUGGCUAAGUUGAUCUAUUUUAAAAAUAUAUACAUGUAUGCUUACUAUAACCACUUCUGAGUGGUCUUUUAUAGAAGGAAUUUUUUUUCCAAUUCACCAAUCACUACAGUGUAGCUGAUCACGUUUGAUUUCACGUUUACAAAUAAACGAUUGUCAAUGAAAGUGCACAUUUUGGUUUAGUGUAGAUGUGGACUGUUGGUAUCACAGUUUGUAUUCUUUUUCUUUCUGUUUUCAGAAAUAGAUGGCCAUUGAAAAAGGGUACUGUGUAACAUAAAUGCACAUCUUUCAAGUCCGUUGCUCAUCUUAGGAAGUCAAAAGACAGGCAAACUAGCAUUAUAUAAUCACCAAUGAUUGUGAAGAGAAGGAAAAUGAGUUUCUAGAUUGGAAACUUCAAAUCAGUGAAAUACUGUCUUCAUCCCGUAACUCUUAUUUCAAUUUCUCCCAUAUGUACUUCUUCUACCUUACGUAACCGGUUUUUUUUUUUAAAUUUAGAUUACGAAUACUGGUACUCUGGUCGAUCUUACUAUUAAAGGGGGUGGGGGGAGCGUGAUUUAUCAAAAGUUAUUAAAAUUUGUUUUCCCAUUUUGUAAAAAUUUAAAGACAGUCACCAUUAUUUCAAAAUUUAAAAGAAAUGUACUAGCUUUAUUUCUUUCUUAUUAAAAAAAAAAAGAUUCUGAUCUUGAUGGCAAUUGAGAGGAUGAAUAUGGUAUCAACGGAAUUUCUCAUGAAUUUUUCCCAGUACUAUCACGUGAUUAUUUUGUUGGUUUGCCUCAGUCUUUUUAGGAAUGAGAUACAUAGUAACACUUGGUGUUCACCCUAUACUUUCAUGUUGUUUUAUUGUUGUAAAAAAAAGUAUCCUUGAAUUAAAAAAAAGAAAUAUUCAUUCAGAAAUGACUUCCCAUAAGAUAGAAGUUUACAUGUAAGAUAUUACUUUCAAAUAGGAAAUGUCAGCAAUUAACAAAAAAAAUAUAAAGAAUUACUUGUUGCCCUUGUUUAAUUUUCAUUGUAUUCAUUGUUCUAUGAAUAUUUCUUGAAAUUUGAGAGAAAACAGAAUGUGAAAAUUUGGAAACCCACAACAGAUAACAGCCAAUAACCCUAUUUCCUUAUGUCAGAAAUGUUUGAGAAUAAAAUAUUCCACUUAUUAUAAAUUAAUUAAUUAGUGUAAAUGUUUGGUAUCUACAUAUCAUUAGGAUGUUUUUAAUGUUAUGGUGCAAAAAAGAAGGAUGUAAAUUUUUUUCUUUUUCUUAGUGUAGAAUGAAAGAUGUGAAAAGUAAUUUCAUUUCAAAUUUUGUAUGAUUAUUGGGAAAUUAUGUCCAUGGUUGGGGAAAGUGUUGACUAUCACGAUCGUGUUCUCUUUCAUUUUUUGGAGAACAUUUUGAAAAAUAACGCUUCUAAAACUGAAGUUGUGAAUGAGGUUGACAAAUAUUUUCUAUCACAUAAGAAUGACUCCACUCAUAUAUCAUUGAUACUCAAUCAAUCAAUCAUUGAUAUUAGGACCACAUUUAGCGCUGACAUUACAGUAGACGAAUACACAUGUUACUUGGUAUUUUCAUCCCGUGCAUGUGACGUUUUUUGGUGGCGGUUUCUCGUGUACUUGACCCAUUGUAAUACAUGUAUACCAGUUCAGAAUUUCAUGGAAUACUAUGUUUCUGUUGUAUUGAAUACGAGUAGAUGAAGUUGCAAAUUGCUAUUCACAUCAUCCGAAUUCGUUCUCUAUAGCUUAUUACAUGUACCUCGCGAUUAUACAGAGCUGUUAAUGAUUUAAUUUAUCUUGUAUACAGAUUCGUCUUACUAUUAGAAAUUAUGAAUAUUAAGAUGCAGAAAUUGAUUAAAGGAUUUAUUUAAAUGCGACACACUUAUCGAUAUUGGUAGUCUUCCUUCAGGAUCACGUGAUGAACAAAAGAUAGGUUAACAUUUCAACCCCAACCCCCAAACUGAUAGUAGUUGCCAUGAUCCCUUUAUAUGGGUGAUCAAGGAUUACACUAGAUAUGAUGAUUAUCGAAGAUGACCGAUAUCGAGAGUUGGAAUUUCGUUUCAAAAUUAAGUAGAUUUUGUGCAAGAAUUUGUACGUAACUCCAGUGUUAUUUUCAAUUUGACUAAAAUGACGUGGAAUAGGACUUGUGACGUCAUAAAUAUGAUGCUUUAUUGCCAUUUUCAGUAUUUUGACUCCAAAUGGCUAUGUAUUCACUUUUUUUUUUUACAGAAAACAUUGAACAUAGGUGUGGGGAUAUUUUAUAUUUAUGCCCAAGAUUUAUAUUUCCAGUAUAAAUAAUUGAUGGAGAAAAAUGUUUGUCCAAAGCAGCACUUAAUGUAAUGUUCACAAAAUAUUGUAUUUUUAAAAUAAAUUUAGUCAUUCUGUCAUGUUUGAUGCUAUGUACCCCCAAAGGACUGUAAAUAUGAAAGACAAUUAUGUGAAGAAAACAAAAGAAGAUUUAGCUUUUUCAUACCUUUGAGUUUUAGGGGUCCCAAGAAAUUUUUACCUGUAACCUGUAUAGUUAUUUUAGAUUACUAGCAGGGAAAAACAGUUAAUCAUAUACUAUAGUGUGAUAUGUGCAUUAACCUCCACGCGUUAGUUUAGGUCUGAUUGUGGAUGGCAAUUUGCAUAACAUUUUUUUAAAUAUACAUUUGUUAAGAUAUGCAGUGGAUGUUGUCUUAGUCAAAUCUGUUUUCUGAGAUGUAACUAUGUCUAGUGAAUCUUUCGGUCACUCAACAUAAUUUCUUUCAUAAUAUUGUUUAAUAAUGCGUAAUUAUAUCUAUUGAGAAUCCAGUAUCACAAAUUAUUGACUUCAUUUGAUUGAAAAUUCCCUCUUUAUUAUCUGGAGUUUUUGUUAUCAGAAGAUAAGGGAGGUCUUUAUAAGAUGUUUGAUUUUUAAUUCAGUAUGUUUCACACUUUUUUGUAACCAAUGAAAUUCUUGUUUGACCUUCUUAUCUGUUUUUUUUCCAGACACACCUCUGAGGAAUAUUGGACGAUAGACGUGUCAAAACAAUAAUUUAGGGCAAUAGUACCCCCAGUCUCUACCAAUACGAAGCCGGCAUACAUGUCAUUGCUUGGAGAAGAUGAGCAAGGACAACCCUGCAAGUUAUGGCCCUAUAGAGAGGGCAUGUAAUUAUUUUAUCACCUGACUCGUGAAUGUCAUAUGUUUGUCCAAUUUCAAAGUACAUGAAUGAUAUUAGAAUUGUGUAAAGUUUACUGGAAAAGAAAACAAAUCUCCACGAUGCAUUUCAGGUUUCUUCAGUAAUCACUAGCAUCAACAAUAUAGUUGAGAUGAUAUGUCUCUGUAGGUGAGAUGAUUUGUCUCUCCUGGUACUGUAUAUUCUGCAACUUUUCUUACAACGUGUUCAACAUGAGACCUUAUUAUGUUGUGUCCUGGUUGGUAGACAAUCGGAAUUUCACUGAAAGCUCAUGUAUUUUUAAGAAAUGAAGAUACAUACAUAUUCUUAGGGUGACAUUUUGCAAAAGGGUCUUAAAUUUUGAAUUGAUCAUCGUGUUUUAAAUGUUUCGUAAUCCAUGCAUAUAUGUACUAUGUCUUCGUAGUUUGGGGGUUUAAAAGCAUUGCAUGUAUUGGUGAACUGAUGUAUAAGCUGUUCUGAUCAAAGUUUAUGUUUACAUCUUCAGGACUCGACACAAAAUAUUUUUUUUAAGUAAAACGGAAUCAAAGAAUAUCUGUUCAAAUCGAGAGCAAUAUCAUCAUCAAGUGGACGAUUUUUUUUGUCCAAACCGCGAAGCUGCAACAAAUUGUUAUUUCAGUAUUCUUGUACUGGAUAGUUUUGAGUUGUACAAAUUAUGACCUCCUUUUUGUGUUCUCGGCUCUUGUUUUGAUACAGAGUUACGCGAAGGCUAAUUCAAAGAUGAACAGGAUGAUUAUUGUAGUUGUGAAAUUUUAAAAGCAUUUUGUAAAUAAUUUCAGUUUACAGACGUGUACAUUUCAAGUGUUAUAUUUUCCAGUAGUAUAUAGGGGGAAAAAAGGAAGAACAAAUUUUAUAAUUGUACAGUUUAAUUGUAGAUUGUACAUUAUGAAGAUAAAGUAUAAACAUGCUCAUGCUUCAUGAAAAAUCACAGGGAACAUAAAUUUUUUUAAGUGUCUGAGGAAACCCAACACCAAGAUGCUUCAGAAAUUGUUAUACUUUUGUACAAUGUACAUAUAAUUUGCAGCCUUUUCGUGAAGGAUGACUCAUUAUACACUUGUGUUGAAGAUGCAAACAUCGUUUAUUGUAUUAUCUACAGAAUAGACGCAUCAAUAGUUCACGUGUAGCUGUGCAACUAGUAAAGUGGAACGUCUCUAAUCGGACGCGCACCUGACAAUAAAUUAACAAUGUUUUUGUUCUUGUUCUUAUAAAUGUAUGUCUCUAAAGGAACUUUAACACAAAAUGACACAGAUUUGGUUCUUGAAGCAGUCUUAUUUUUGAAAUGUAAAGGUGUAAAUUGUACUUUAUAGGACAAGUAUACAUAAUUACACAAAUUAGAGUUGUGCAUGACUGGUGUGCCGUAAAUUGCACGUGGCGUGUAGUUUUGAAGUUUCAAAUAUAAUAUCUUGGCUAUUAUUGUUUGAAUGCUCUUUGUGAGAAUUUUUCAUCAGAUAUUUCAUAUGUAUCGUGUAUUUACGUACUAUAUUUUUUCCAUUUUUAAUUUCGGACGUUUGAAAUCAUGUAGUAUUAACGUAAGUGACGGUAAAAUACACGUCUUUCAAACUGUGUUGCCAAAGAGACAGUGCGGUGUAGCAACGUUUGGCUCCACAUGUACAUGUGCACUACCUCAUUAAGAGAUAUUAUUGUGCGCUAUCUGCAGUUCAUUCAAUGGCUGUUUGCCAUAGUGUAUUUCAUGUCCUUGAGUCAUAGAGUAAAGUCAUGUUCAUCAUGCUAUUUAAUGGGUAUCAAGAAGAAUAUCUGUGAAUAAACUCGGAGCAGUAAAAAGAAAUGAUCGCAUGAAAAUCGCUCAAUAGUUUAUAUUCAUGGUUCUCUGAUUCGGAUUUUUGUCACAAAUUUGUACUAGAAUUUUUAUGUUUCCCUCGUAUGAGAAUUUUAUAUUAUAACAGAAGAGUCGAUGAUAUGUUAGGGAAUGAAAUAGAUUUGUUCUUUACCUUUCGGAAUCUGUAGCUUAGCUUGUUUGCUUCACGGUUCAAUGGCACAAGUACAUGUAGGUUAAAAGUUAAAACAGUUAAAAGUAAAAGUCUGCGUUGAGAGAUUGUAUGUUCAUGCAUUGCAGAUGUCUUUCAUAAGCGUUGAAUUCUAUGUAUUUCCAGCUCUUGGAUAAUGCUAUACUCUGUACAGUGUUAAAUUUUUUGUAUAUUUUGCAUGAGGAAUAUUUGAUCAUGAAUUAAAUAUGUUGAAUAUAGA